AUGUCAAGCAACUUUUCGUCAUUCUCAAAUUUUGUUGUAAAGUCAUUGUCAGUGAUCAUGGCGUCUUCGACUGUUUUAACCUAUUUGAGUGAACAAAAGAAAACAAAUAACAAGGAAUUAGCAGCCGAAUGGACUCAAAUCGAAGAGUUGUACAAUGACAAACUAUGGAACGAGUUAACAAUAAAAAUGAUUACAUUUGUCAAUCAUCCCGCACUUCAGAGCGAAGACAGUCUUGUGCAGCUGUACCACAAUUUCAUUUCGUCGUUUGAGACUAAGAUUAAUCCGUAUGGCCUGGUGGAGAUUGUUUCGGUUAUUGUCAGUUUUAUCGGCGAUAAAAAGGAAGCCGUUGAGUUCCUUGAAAAACUCAAAGAAAAAGUAAAAAUUUGCGAUGAGGCAGUCUGGUUUUGUCGGGUAUUACAAGGACAAAUCCAUUUGGAACACCUUCAAGACUUAGAAGCCACAAAGAAAAUCAUUGAAGACUUAAAAGAAGUAUUAGAAGAAUCGGGAAAUGUGACACCCGUGCACGGAAAAUAUUUUUUGCUCGCAUCGAACUACUACCGUCGUGUUGGUCAGCAUAGCGAUUACUACCGAUGCGGAUUGCAGUUCUUAGGCUGUUCGUUGGACGAAUAUCCGAAGGAGGAAUGGCCACAGCAAGCAUUCUUCUUGGGAUUAGCAGCAUUAUUGGGCGAUGGAAUUUAUAAUAUCGGCGAACUGUUGGCACACCCAAUUUUGGAGUCACUGAAUGGAACAGAGAACGAAUGGAUUGUGGAACUAUUGAAAGCAUUUAAUUCGGGCGAUAUCAAUAAAUUCGAGAAGAUGAAGCAACAAUGGGGAAGUAUACCUGAUCUGGCGACUCAAGAAAUUAAACUGCGACAGAAAAUCUCGUUGCUCUGUUUAAUGGAGAUGACCUUCAAGCGACCAUCUGAUCAUCGAUCCAUCAAAUUUGAAGAGAUUGCCACAGAAACGAAAUUGCCGCUGAAGGAAGUCGAAAUACUGAUCAUGAAAGCAUUGGCACAAGGACUCGUUAAGGGAGCGAUCGAUCAAGUAGCUGGUGUGGUUAACAUGACUUGGGUUCAACCAAGAGUGUUGAGUAAAGAACAAGUAGCUGCCAUGGCGACAACUCUUGAUACGUGGAUCGGAUCAAUUGUAUCGAUGGAAAAUUUAAUUGAGGCUAAGGCGGCUGAAAUUCUUACCAACUAAAAUUCGUUUGAUUUUUUUUUUUAUUAAAAUAAUUUUUUGAGAGAAGCGUUUCUGGUUUGUCUACUAAUUAAAUCAAUAGGAAUGUAAAA